AUGGUGAAAGCCGAUUUUACCUGUCUCAUCUUGAUUGCUUCUUUAGCUAUUACCAUAACACAAGCUUUACCGAAGGGUUGUCAAAAUGACCAAGCCGACCAGUCUAUGAAAGAACAACCACCUAUUCCACGACGUUUUAUGAUGCGGCCGUUUGAUUCGACGCCCUGCGAAGAGUCUUUUUUCUACCAUGGCGAGUGUCAAAA